GCACUGGGGACUCGAGCUUGGUGCUUCAAGACGCAGGCUGCAACCGCGUCGUGUGAAUGAACUGAGCGGAUUGCCGCGGACUGAGGCAAUGGCCUGAACUCUCAUGGAGUCACCCAGGGACCUGGACAUUGAGGUCUGGUUGGCAGGAGUACAUCUAGAACGGUACGCAGAUACGUUCCGGAGGCACGGUGUGUCCACUGCGACUGCUGCCCAAAGCCUGGGCCACGAGGAACUUCGUCGAAUGGGCAUCUGGGCCACCGGUCAUCGCAAACGGAUUCUUCGCCUGCUUCAGGGGGCUACUGUGGAGGUCCCUACAGACACCCCACUGGACACUACCAUGGAUCAAACCCCAAACCCAGAUCCUCAAGUGCUCCCCACCAAACCAGUGCCCAAACCAAGGACAGUGUUUACUUUUUUUGGCACCACUCCUGCUGAAUCAGUCCUGCCUCCCUUGUUGAACCCUCCUAUGGAGACCCUUCCAGUGCCUCAGGAAGAAGAUACCAGCCUAAUAGUCCAAGAUGAAGGGAGCAUGGUCCCCAGGGGUUCAGAGCAGCCAGUGAGCCAAGAACCUUCCCUAAGCACCCCCCAGUCUCCCAUUUCCCCCUCCUUCCCUUCAGAUCAGCCUCCUAUCUUGGACAGGAUGACCAUGAUGCCCAAUGAUAUCUACUUUGGCCUAGACCUUGGAAGGGGAGCACAACCAGGGACUCAGGAAAUGACUACAGACUGCUCCCUGGUAGAUUCUCCUACUCCCAUCCCUACUUCCAGACCUACAGGAGGCACAGUGCAUAUCAUGGACCCUAGCAGCCUGUACUAUGGUGUUCAGCCUGUUUCAGUCCCUGGAACUCCCAAAGGGAGGAAGACAAGGGGUGUCAGUCAGUCAGCAGGUGAACCCAGGCCAAGCAGCCAUGAAUCAGAGGGGGUAGAGGAUUGUGGCUAUGCCAGUCUGGAGCUGCCUGGGAACUCCACCCACUUGAUGCCCAUCCUAGACCCUGAAGAGCCAGGCGAUGAUCUUAUCUCUCCCUAUGCCAGCUUCACCUCACUAGCUGAUCCCCCCACACCCUUGCUCAGUGGCUGGUUGGACAAGCUCUCGCCUCAGGGGUGUGAUUGGAAGGGGGUGAUAUGGGGGACUUUGGAAAGAACAAAAACCAGGGAGGAGUGUGAGAAGGGGAGGGAAGCCAUAAGAGAGGAGAGGAAUUAUGUCUUUCAGAGGCGUUUUGUCAGGUUCAAUGGAAAGAAACUGAUGUAUUAUGGAAGUGACAAGGACACCUUCCCUAAGGGGGUUAUCCCAUUGACUGUCAUUGAGAUGAUCCGAAGCUGCAAGGAUUGCAAGUUCCAAGUCAUCACUAGCCAAAGGGUGUUUGUGUUUCGAGCUGAGAGCGAAGCUCAGAGGGACAACUGGUGCUCCACACUGCAGUCUCGGCUAAAGGAGCAACGGCUUCUAGGCAACCCCCGGCCACCUCAUCCACCCCGUCCUCUCCGCACAGGGAUCCUAGAACUUCGGGGACACAAAGCUAAAGUGUUUGCAGCUCUGAGCCCUGGGGAGCUAGGACUGUACAAGAGUGAGCAGUCCUUUUCUCUGGGCAUUGGAAUUUGUUUCAUUGAGCUUCGGGGCUGCAGUGUCCGGGAGACCAAGAAUCGAAGCUUUGACCUUCUUACACCCCAUCGAUGCUUCAGCUUCACAGCGGAGUCAGCCUGUACUCGCCAGGUCUGGGCAUCUGCACUGCAGGAGGCCAUUACUGAGACUCUGUCUGACUAUGAGGUGGCUGAAAAAAUCUGGUCCAACCGAGCAAACCGACACUGUGCAGACUGUGGAGCAGCUCGUCCUGACUGGGCCUCAAUCAACCUGGGAGUGGUCAUCUGCAAGCAUUGUGCAGGACAACAUCGGGCCCUGGGCUCUGGGGUAUCUAAGGUGCAGAGUCUGAAACUAGACACAAGCAUCUGGAGCAAUGAGAUCGUGCAGCUUUUCCUCAUCCUGGGCAAUGAUGGAGCCAACCGGUUCUGGAUAAAGGGACUGCCCCCAGGAGGAGGGCUGCAUCCAGAUACUCCCCCUGGCCCCCGUGGGGACUUCAUCUCCCGCAAAUACCGGCUUGGCCUCUUUCGGGGACCCCAUCCUCAGUACCCUGACCACAGUCAGCUGCUGCAGGCACUGUGUGCAGCUGUGAUGGGACCCAACUUGUUGAAAACCAUGAUUCAGCUUUUCUCAUAUGAGGAACCGUGCUCUGAAGGCAGUUUCUCUAAUCUCCUCCCCCUAGACUCAUCCCCUAGUGUGUACAAUGAAGUCCUGGUGCCUGCUGCACUAAGUGGCUUUUUGUACUGCAGCCCAGUCAGCAGCAAACCUGGACCUCCACCCCACCGCCGGGGCCGGGAUGCACCCCCUAGGCUGUGGUGUGUGUUGGGAGCAGCCCUGGAGAUGUUUUCAUCAGAGACCAGUCCAGAGCCAAUCAGUUUGAUCCAGCCUCAGGAUGUGGUGUGUCUGGGGGUAAGCCCCCCACCAGUUGACCCAGGGGACCUUGACAGGUUCCCAUUCUCCUUUGAACUCAUUCUGACUGGAGAAAGGGUCCAAUAUUUUGGAACUGAUGGAGCUGAUAGUCUGGAGGCCUGGACCAGAGCAGUGGGCAAGUGGUUCUCCCCACUAAGCUGUCACCAGCUCCUGGGCCCUGGCCUGCUGAGGCUAGGCCGUUUACGGUUGCGGUCCCCUUCUCAGACUGCAAUGACCCCAGGCCUCUGGCUGUCUGCCUUUGGCCUCCUCCGAGGUGACCACCUAUUCCUGUGCCCAGCACCAGGCCCUGGCUCCCCAGCUCCUGAGGACACUGUGCACCUGAGAAGACUGCAGGAGAUCAGUGUGGUAUCUGCAAACGACAGCCCUGAUAAGAAAGACCAUCUAGUCCUGGUAGAAACAGGAAGGACCCUGUAUCUACAGGGAGAGGGGCGUAUAGACUUUGCUGGCUGGAGCACUGCCAUUGGAGGAGCAGCUGGAGGGGGGGGCACAGCGCUGCAAGGGCAGCAGAUGAGUCGAGGAGACAUUCCCAUCAUUGUGGAUGCCUGCAUCAGCUUUGUCACUCAGCAUGGUCUACGUUUGGAGGGUGUAUAUAGGAAGGGGGGUGCUCGGGCACGAAGUCUCCGGCUCCUGGCUGAGUUCCGGCAGGAUGCACGGUCAGUGAAGCUCCGGCCAGGAGAGCACUUUGUGGAAGAUGUAACGGACACACUCAAACGCUUCUUCCGGGAGCUGGAUGACCCUGUUACCUCUGCACGUUUGUUACCCAGAUGGAGGGAGGCUGCAGAGUUACCCCAGAAGUCUCAGCGGCUAGAGCGGUACAAGGAGGUGAUUGGAUGCCUGCCCAAGGUCAACCACAGAACACUGUCCACUCUCAUUGGUCACCUCUACCGGGUGCAGAAAUGUGCAAGUCUGAACCAGAUGUGUACUCGGAACCUGGCCCUGUUAUUUGCACCAAGUGUGUUCCAGACAGAUGGGCGAGGGGAGCAUGAGGUUCGGGUGCUGCAGGAACUCAUCGAUAACUACAUAUCUGUCUUUGAUAUCGAUUCAGACCAAGUGGCUCAGAUUGACCUGGAAGUCAGUCUCAUAACUACCUGGAAGGAUGUGCAGCUGUCACAAGCUGGAGACAUCAUCAUGGAAGUGUACUUGGAACAGCAGCUACCAGACAACUGUGUCACCCUGAAGGUUUCCCCAACACUGACUGCUGAGGAGCUGACAAAUCAGGUACUAGAGAUGAGGGGAGCAAUAGCUGGCACAGACCUGUGGCUGAUGUUUGAGAUCCGGGAGCAUGGAGAGCUUGAGCGGCCCCUGCACCCAAAGGAACGGGUUCUAGAACAGGCCCUGCAAUGGUGCCAGCUCCCUGAACCAGGCUCUGCUUCCCUGUUGCUGCGCAGGGUCUCCCUAGCCCAGGCCAGCUGCCUCUUCACAGGUGUGCGUCGGGAGAGUCCUCGGGUGGGCCUGCUUCGGUGCCGGGAAGAGCCCCCCAAGUUGCUAGGAAGUCGUUUUCAGGAAAGGUUCUUCCUACUUCGGGGACGCUGCCUAUUGCUGCUCAAGGAGAAAAGGAGUUCUAAGCCAGAGCGAGAAUGGUCUUUGGAUGGUGCAAAAGUUUACCUAGGAAUACGCCGAAAGCUAAAGCCACCAACACCAUGGGGGUUUACACUGAUCCUGGAGAAGCUGCAGCUCUACCUGUCCUGCACAGAUGAGGAUGAGAUGUGGGACUGGACAACCAGCAUCCUUAAAGCCCAGCAUGAUGAUCAGCAGCCUGUGGUCCUUCGGCGGCAUUCCUCUUCUGACCUAGCCCGACAGAAAUUUGGCACAAUGCCCCUGUUGCCUAUUCGAGGUGAUAACAGUGGUGCUACCCUGCUUUCUGCCAACCAGACACUGCGCCGACUGCACAACCGGAGGACGCUAUCCAUGUUUUUUCCCCUGAAGCUGUCUCAGGAUUCUGUGGAAGAGCAAGAAGAAGAGGCUGAGGAGCCAGUGUAUGAAGAGGUAGGAGCCUUCCCUGAACUGACCAAGGACACUCCACUUCCACUGGACCAGACAUCUGAACCAGAGGUCCCUAAGGAUUCCCCCACCAGCCAGACUGCAUUUCCAGAGCAAAGCCAGAGCCUACAGAGUGACCGUCCCCCCCUUUCUAAGUCAAGCUCCCUUGGACAAGAGAGGGGACCCCCAGAGCCGCCUCCUGGUCCCCCUCGGAAAACCAGUUUUCAACAUCAUUUGUCUCUGGAAGAUAAAUUAGUACAGGAGCUAAACUCACUGAUUCUGCGAAAGAGUGAGGCCUCUGCUCCCAGUCUCCCAGCCUCUCAGCCUCCCAGCUCCCCAACACGGACCCCUAACCCCAUCAGCCACCCUAUGCAAACUCCUGGACACUCUCCCAAAUCUCCCUGUAAUUCCCAUUCCCCAUCUGGCCAACCCCUUACAUGACCCUGAAGCCAGCAACCAACUCUAGGAUGAGGUGGUAGAAGGACCUGAUGCUCAAGGGACAAAGGACAACAAACAUUUGCUAAAUGUCUACCCUCUGAGGGACUAAGUUUAAGGCUGGAGAUAGAAAGAUAAAAAAGGAUUAAAAAGCCCCUGCCUUAAGGGAGCUUAUAUUCUACAGACUCCAGGCUCCUACCUACCUACAAGAAUAUUCGAAGCACCUAUGGGAACUCCCUCAACCACAGACCAGGAGAGCCCAUCCCUGUCCCUGAAAAUCCAGUGUGGCAUGGUAUAGUGGAAAGGAUGAGUCAGGAAACCUGGGCUUUAGCCAGGAUUCUGUCACUAACUAGUUCUGUGACCUUGGACAAGUUCUUUCCCUCGCAGAACCUCAGUUUCCUCAUCUGUAAAAUAAUGGAGUUUUUCUGAGGUCCCUUCCAGGACUGACAUUUUAUGUUCCAAGACCCCAAAAGAAGCUCAGUGUUCAGAAGGCCUGUUGGAUUGAGAAGGUUUGGAUGCAGGCAGCCAGGCAGGGUGAGAAUCCAUUGAAUAAACUUUGAAAACAAAACAGCUACAUGUUUGCCUUUGCUUCCCCUAAGAAACGGAUUGAGGGGGUGGAGAAAACUGGGUCAAGGACAUUAAGCUUAAAUUAUAUACGACUUGGGAGAGUAUCAGCUCAGUGCACGAUGCCUUGAAAGAAAAGGGGAGAAUUGGGGGAGUUUGAGACACUCCCUGGAAAAUAGAGCACUUCUGGGGUAACAAGUGAGACAUCCCUCUUCCACCUCCAGGGCGCUCCUCUCAGCCCAGUAUCGCUGAGUACUGGGGAGCUUCUACAACGUACCUUUGUUUGGCCCAAUUGUCUCUCCCAUUCUCGGGCCCCAGGCAGCUCUCUCACCGGGACUGCUCUGGCUUUUCCGGUUCGGUGAGAAUUUGGGGAAGUCAAAUCCCAGAGCCCCCGAACCGGGACCUAACCCAGCCCUGGCUGCCCCUGUUUCCACCCUAGUUUCCCCCGAAUCAGUUUGUCCCACCUCUAAGGGCAUCGACGUCAUCACAACCACUUCCUCUACCUUCUUCUGUCUGCUCCCCCCCCCUUUCCCCGUCCGGUGGUGGUCGGACUACAGUUGCUGAUCUGCAUAUGUAAAUAAACAUAUUUGCAUAAAAGAA